GAGGAUAAAGCAGGGCUACAGCAGGCCAGCACUGUGGCCUCAGAUCACUGCCCUCUUCGACCUACAGCUCCGGCAUCGUGUCCUGCAGACAUGGCCCCGUCCCGGCAUGUCCCUGUGAUGCUCCUGGCUGCUGUGGCCUUGGGUCUGGCCAUGACCUCCACUGCCUUUAAGUUCUCGCCUGAGAGACCUCGCCUAAUGGGUGAAGUGGAAGACGCAGACAUCAACGAUGAGGAAGUGCAGUAUGUAGUGGACUUCACCCUCCAGGAGUACAACAAGAACAGCAGCGACCUGAACCUCAGCCGCUUGGUGCGGGUGGUGAAUGCCCGACAACAGGUCGGGCUCGGCAUGAACUACUACUUGGACUUGGAGAUCAGCAGAACCACAUGUACCAAAUCCCAGUCCAACCAGGAAGACUGUCCCUUCAGUGACGACAGGAAGCAGCUCUGCUCUUUUGUGGUCCACUUCAGGGCCUGGGAGUACUACAUCCACCUGGCCAGCUCCAGCUGUCGCAUUGCCUGAGGUUCUGUUUUGGCCAGGCCACAACAACCACACCUUACCCAUAUCACCUGCAGUGUCUGCAACCUCAAAAUGGAGCCUAGCCCUGGGAGAGACUCCUUGGUGCUCCAGCACCUGGGGUACAGGACAGCAGGCUCCUCCGGGCAACAUGUACGCUCACGUGCUGUCCCCUCUUCCUUUCUCCUGUGCUUCUCAACCACACCUGUGUGGGGCACACACAGCCGCCCCUGCCUUGCUCAGUAAAAAUCUGC